AUGAAGUUCUCUACUCUCGCCUCUGGCCUGCUCUCGGCCGCCGGCCUGGCUUUUGCCCAGGAGGCUGCCACCGGCACCAUCUCCAAGGGCCCGUUCCCCUUCGACCUCAACGGCUCCAAUUUCACAUACCCCUGGCCCGUCAACGUCUUCACCUUCACCAGCCAGCAGCAGAAGCUGCAGAUGGCCUACAUGGACAUCAAGCCCACGUGCGCCCCCAACGGCGAGACGGCGGUGCUGCUCCACGGCAAGAACUUCUGCGGCCCUACCUGGAACUCCACCAUCAUCGCCCUCGCCGGCGCCGGAUACCGCGUCAUUGCGCCGGACCAGGUCGGCUGGUGCAAGAGCUCCAAGCCCGACAACUACCAGUUCAGCCUCAACCAGCUGGCCUGGAACACCCGCGGCCUCCUCAACACGCUGGGAAUCGGCAACAUCACCCUGAUCGGCCACUCUGUCGGCGGCAUGCUCAGCACCCGCUUCGCCCUGCAGUACCCGAGCACCAUCGACCGCCUGGUCCUGGUCGACCCCGUCGGCCUGGAGGACUACGUCGAGAAGGGCGUUCCCUACGUCUCCGUCGACGACGACAUCGCCGCCGAGGCCGCCCAGACCUUUGACGCCCUCAAGGCCUACGAGCAGCAGAUCUACUACGUCGGCCAGUGGGACGACUCGUACACCAUCUGGGUCACCAUGCUCAACAACGUCUACUUCGGCUCCAAGCGCACCCAGUUCCUCAAGAACCAGGGCCAGAUCGUCGACAUGGUGCUGACCUCGUCCCAAGCCCACUACUUUGGCGACAUUGUCUCCAAGACUCUGCUCAUCGUCGGUGACCAGGACAAGGUCGCCAUCGGCGGCAACUGGUCUCCCCCGGAGGUUGCCGCCAAGCUCGGCCACUUCAACGUCCUGGGUCCUCAGGUCUGCGCCGAGAUCCCCGACUGCACUCUGUACCAGUUCCCCACCCUGGGCCACGCUCCUCAGAUCUCUGCUCCCUCCAACUUUACCAAGGUUGUCCUUGACUGGUUGAAGGAGUAA